GGGGCUGCCCGGUUCUGCGGGGCCCUGCUGAGAACGGGCCCAGUCUAUGCUGAGUCUCCGUCCACAGGGCCAUUUGGCCGUUUUCCAGCCAGUCCCGUCGGGCAGGGCAUCUGGCUGUCCAGCUGCGCAACGGGGAAGCGGGGUCUCUGCGAGGACGGGGGGGCGAUCUGGAGGCCAGUCGCACCCAGCUCCUUGCUCUCCUUGCAGCUGCGGGAUUUCCUGCUGGUCUAUAACAGGAUGACGGAGCUCUGCUUCCUGCGCUGCGUCUCCAACCUGAACUACCGGGCACUCACCAGGGAAGAGGAGAACUGUCUGGACUGCUGUGCUGGGAAGCUCGUCCACUCCAACCACCGCCUCAUGGGGGCCUACGUGCAGCUCAUGCCCUCCCUGGUUCAGCGUCGCAUCUCGGACUACGAGGCCGCCAGCGGCCAGGCAGCCCCAAGUGGCAGGUGGCUGCCAGUCUUGCCGUUGCUCCGGAAGGCACCUCCCAAGCCCUCAGCUAAUUCCCUGCUCCCUGGCCUGUGGCCUGAGUGAGGAACAGCCCAGGGGGCAUCAGAGCUGGGCCCUGCCUCGGGGCUGGAGCACUGCCUCUCCAGGCACUUCUGGGCCGGUCUGUGCCCUAGACGGAGCAGCCAGCAGCGCUGGGGCUGGGCCAGCCCACCUAACAGUGGGGCCUUCCGGCUGCUUGGGCCAGGCCAUGGGUGCGCCUGUGGCAGGGCCCUGCUGAGGGUCUCUGGCCCCCGCAGCUGCCCUGUGCUGGGCGCUCUGCCCCAAGGCCGGGCUUUCUCGCAGCUGCUGCUUUGCAAUAAACCAGUGUCC